GACCCUGGUUCCACACAAGGCGAGAAAAUCGUCAGUAGUUAAAUAAGUUUCACAGCAAAGUGCCGUCUAGUCAUAUUGCUCAGAGGAAAAAAAACAUAAUGAAGGCCAGUUUUAUUUUGUUUUUAGUUUUUUGUUAUGCUGAAUGUGGUCGCAAGGUCUAUACACCUCUGGACAAAAAUGCCAACCUCGCAUUCAUCAAUAUGGAGAGUGGUGGGGCUGCGCCACCUAAUAAACCCGCUGCUCCUGCACCAAUCCCGAUAACGGUGAAACCAGUGCCAGAGCAACCAGUGAACCAAAAACCAUCAACAAUAAUCUCUCCAAAGCCACUAGUCCCACAGACACCACAAAACCCAACACCUGCCCCUUUGAAACCGGCAGCUCCGCCUGCCAAGCCUGUUUCGAUUCCAACUCCAAUUACACCGAAACCUGUGAAUCCGGCGCCAGUCAACAAUCCUAUUACAACUCCAGGACCUGGUAGCGUUAAACAGCUUAUUAACUUCUAUGACAGUCAGGGAAAAGCUAGUCCUAUUAGACCUUACAGUUACAGCCAGGCUGUAAAGCAGGGUAAAAGCACCUAGAAUUAUUUGCCAUGAACACCUACUGUUUAUCAUAUUUCAUGUUAAUGAAUAUGGUUUAUAUGAGGUUAUCUUCAUAUAGAAAAUGCUGGAAUUAUUGUUACUUUAAAGCUGAAAGCCUUUAAAAAGCUUUUUAAAAACUGUAAUGUACUAUCAAUAUACAUUAGUUUAGCUAACAAGUACGAAUACAUGCUUCGGUACGAACUGAAAAGACUUAACUGUUUAUUUAUACAAAUAUGAUGUAAAACCAUAUUAUAGAUACUUAAAUGUCAGACUCAAAUGUUUCAUAAUAUGACCAAUUUUGUUAAUGACAAGAAAGUGAAAUUAUAAAUAAGAUUACAUCUUCUUAAGUGCAUG